AUGAGCUUUAUCCGACGCAACACCGAUAUACCUGUUCCGACGCUGUACGGUGCGUUCGAGGUCGAUGGCUCGUACUUCGUCAUUAUGGAGUAUAUCGAGGGUGUCGACAUGAAGAGCCUUACAGACGAUCAGAAAAAAGUCGUCGAGGUCGAACUCCAUCAGCAUCUGGCGACUCUGAGGAAACUCAAGUCCAAUACUAUCGGUGGUCCUUCGGGCAUUGUUAUUCCACCCUAUCGAGUGAUGAGAUAUUCAAAACAUGAUCUCUUACCAAGGAGACAGUCCGAGAGUGAUGAAUUCGUCUUCUGCCAUAAUGACCUGUCGCAGCCCAAUAUCAUUGUUGAUCCGGAGACAUUGAAGAUCAACGCAAUUAUCGACUGGGAGUAUGCGGGCUUCUGGCCUGAGUACUUUGAGGGUCCGUUCUGGGGGAGAUAUGGUCCGUCGGUGGCGAUUCCGCAUCUAAAGGAGAAGGACGAUACACCAAAGCUGCUGCAAUUUCUGGGACUUGAGGAAUUGUAUACAUGGCAUUCCAGAAAGGAGUAA